CUCACAAUAAUAACUAUGAUCACAGCAGAAAGUGAAGUCAUGGUCAAGACCCUGACCUUUGGUAAAAACCUCAAGUCAACCGGUUCGCUUCGUAAUUUCAAAUCCUUAAAAAUAAUCAAAUGAUGUCAAACACAAUCGUAUCCUCUUCAUUGGCCAGACAAUUAAACUAAAUUUAUUUCAACAAUGAUGAUCUGGAUUAUUAUAACAUCGAUUUUAUUUGUGAGUGGCGUAUCAAGUACAAAGUCGAAAAAUCUUCUCAGACGGCAGAAACGAUGGGAUAUGAAUAACAAUGGCGAUAUGAAUAACAAUGGUGAUAUGAGUAAUAUGUUUCGUGGUACAGCGGGAGUUGAUUAUCCAAAUUACAAUUCAAUCCCAACAACAAAUUUUCGAUGUGAUGACCAAGUCUAUGAAGGAGGAUUAUACGCUGAUGUGGAAGCUCAGUGCCAGGUGUACCACGUGUGUCAUGAUGGCAGAAAAGACAGCUUCUUAUGUGGACGAGGAACAAUAUUUAACCAAGAAAUAUUAGCGUGUGAUUACUGGUACAGUACGGAAUGUGACAAAGCCCCUUCAUUUUAUUACGUCAACGAACAAAUAGGCAACUCGGGUUCUUCUUGGGUUCCUCCACCUGGUGGUCAGGGAAAUAAUCCAAGCAACUUUCAAGAUGCUAAUUAUAGACCAAAUAUUAACGAACAAGGUGGUGGAUAUGGUUCUAAUAACAACGGACAAGGUGGUGGAUAUGGUUCUAACAACAACGGACAAGGUGGUGGAUACGAUUCUAAUAACGAUGGACAAGGUGGUGGAUACGGUUCUAAUAACAACGGACAAGGUGGUGGAUACGGCUCCAAUAACAACGGACAAGGUGGUGGAUACGGCUCUAAUAACAACGGACAAGGUGGUGGAUUUGGUCCUAAUAACAACGGUCAAAGUGGUGGAUCUGGAUCGAAUAAUAACGGACAAAAUGGUAAUAACAAUAAAGAAGAUUGCUGCUGCCAAAAGUACAGUUAUAAAACGCCUUGGGAAUUUCCUGCUAGCUAAGAUCAGAAUUCGACUUUAUAUGGCUUUGAAAAUUAAAUUAUCAGAAAAAAAAUUUAAAAAAAAAAUUAUAAAUAAAAAUUAUAAAUAAAAAUUAUAAUGUUUAUGGUCUGAUUGCUCAGUUUAUGGUCUGGGAUCAACUUCAUAGGUCUUCCGGUGGAUUUCAUGAAUGUCUGAACUAAGAACAGUUUUAUUUAAUAUAAAAUUAGAUAUUUAAAUUAUAAAUAGUGUAAAGGAAAUCUCGAAAAGAAAAAAAUAUUAAAUUAAACUUGAA